AUGAUUGGUUUGGAAAAAGAAGCCGGCAAUUGGACUUGGGUGAGUGGAAAACCACUGACCAUUUGCAAAUGGGAUAAAAACCAGCCAAGUGACGACGGAGAUGUGGCAAUAAUAGUCAGGACGUCUUUGAAUGAUAGUAAAGUGGGCCUAUUUCAAGUGACCCACCGGGAUCAGCCUUAUGCCUCAAUUUGUGAAAUUACCAAAGGUAAGACGCAACACAAUUGAGUAAACUAGGGGUGUGCUAAAAGCCCUUGAGCGUAAAAAAAGUGCUACCAGACCUUGAUAAAAUGAUAAAACCUUGCACCUUUAUUUCCCUUAUUGUGUGGAAGCUUCAAACCAAUUUCUUCAUUUUAGUUUUAAAAUGGCCUAUAUUCUUGGUCUACCUAAGCCUGAUAAUUUAAUUUCGAUCACCGCUAAAAUUUUCGAGCUUCUCACAGUAAUGAAUGAAAUAUCGUUGCAAAGGUGUCAAAGAACAUCGUGAUAAUGAAAAUAUUUAAGCUUUACCCUCGUGAAUAAAUGGGAGGAGACCCACGUUUUAAAGAAAUAUUGUUUACCUUCGAUAAAUCUCCAAAUGGAGAUUAUUUUGAAGACUCGUUUUCUCAUUUUGAAGAUUGUUUUAAGGACUCCUGCUACGUGUUUAUGGCCUCUGGGUUGACAUGGAUGUUUAACAGAGAUUAUUGUCGCGACUGCGGAUUUGACCUAAUUUCCAUUGAAACCGAAGAGGAAUGGUUCUUUAUUGAUGGCGAGAUUCGAAAUCGCGAUACUGCGGAGUGGUACAUCGGGUUGGAAAAAAAGGAAAAUAAUUGGACUUGGGUGAGUAAAAAGCCACUGACGAUCGGUAAAUGGAGAGCAAACCAGCCAAGCAAUAACCAUAGAGUGGCAUUUAUAAUCAGGGAGUCUGA